AGCUGUACCGCACCACAAAGAAGAUUAGAAGCUUUUACUUGGACUGGCUGAGGGGUGAGAUGUUCUGGCUGGAGGAGGGCUGGGUCUUUAGCAUGUGGAUGAGCGGAGAAAAGGCAAAAGAGCUGCUGCAGAUGGCAGAAGACGUUGGUGGGAACAUCGCCUUUGAUCUGAGAGCUAGCUGCCUCCUGUGGAACUCUAAAAGAGCAGGUUUGACGAUUCUAAGUUUGUUGAAGGAGAAAAGCCACCAAGCAGGAAGAAGGUGGAACAUCUCGGGCUCUGUUGUGGCUGCUUUCGAGCCUUUCCUCUUGUCCAUUUCUAACAACAUGGUGAUUCUGUGGGAUCAACGUAAUGGACACCGACUUCAGUCUGUUUCUGUGAAAGGUCCCCUACUGAGUGUCAUUGUAUCACUUGGAAAAUUUCAAACAGUGCCCAGCACUCCAGUCUGCAAUGCCCCGUAUUGGUUAUGCAGACAGUCAACAGUCUGCCUUCCACCAAACCUUCUCUGUGAUGGUAAGAGGGACUGCCCUGAUGGAGAUGACGAGGAGUUGUGUGUAAGCGCUUGUCCUAAGGAGGAAUUCAAGUGUGAAGACAACAGAAACUGUAUUCCCAGAAGCUUCUUGUGUGACGGCCGGGCCCACUGCCAUGAUGGCUCAGAUGAGGUUGACUGCCCAACCGUGGUGGCUCCUCUAUCGCAGACAAAUGUCCUAAAGUGUCGCAGUGGCUCAAUGCUGUGUGAAGAUGGCACAGAGUGUGUUUUAUACAGUCAUGUCUGUGAUGGAGAAGCAGACUGUACUGAUGGCUCUGACGAACUGGGAUGUGAUGCAACACAAGAACCUACAAGUUGGACAAAACCAAGUGGGAAGCUUCCUGUUACCACACCUCCUGCUCUGACUCUGCCAGCCUGCCUCAGCCCGUCUGUCCUCUGUCCUUCGUCCAAUGCAUAUGUUUGCAUUUCUCAGUCCCAGUUUUGUGACGGGCGUAAAGACUGUCCUAAUGGUUUUGAUGAAGAGAACUGCAUAAAAAGUUGUCCAUCAAAAAGUGAUUUUCUCUGCAAAGACCAUCGGAGCUGCGUUUCAAAGAGUUCAGUCUGUGACGGCCGCUCUCACUGCCUUGAUGGUUCAGAUGAAGUGGACUGUCCGAACUUGGUUCAAACUGGUGGUCAAAAUGGGGUCAAAUGUCUAUUUGGGUCUAAACUUUGCAGCAAUGGAGUAAGCUGUGUUCUCCUGAGCCAUGUUUGUGAUGGAGAGCAGGACUGUUUGGAUGGAUCCGAUGAAGAAGGAUGUGAUACCCCAGGAAUUACGGCCAGCCCGCCUUCAUGUGCAAGCCCUUCAGUUCUCUGUCCAGGUUCUUCUAUAUGCAUCAAACCCACCCAGAUGUGUGAUGGGAAGAGAGACUGCCCUGAUGGAUCUGAUGAGAAAUGUGUGAAAAGAUGUUUCUCAGACACUGACUUCCGCUGCAAAGACCGUCGAAGCUGCAUCCCAAAGAGCCAAGUUUGUGAUGGGCGUUCUCAGUGUAACGAUGGCUCAGAUGAGCUUAACUGUCCAAGCACAGUGCCCACUGCUGCUCCAAACAAGGUCCUGAAAUGCCGCUAUGGAUCCAAACCCUGUCGAGAUGAUCAGAGAUGCAUUUUCCUGGAGCAUUUUUGUGAUGGAGAAAAGGACUGUCAGGAUGGAUCAGAUGAAGAAGGAUGUGAUGCACAGAGUGGUGCUGUAAAAGAUCAUAUGAAAGGAUCCCCUGCACAAGCUAAAAGUGAAACUCUGCCUCCCACCAAGCCUCCAUGCACCAGUCCUUCAGUCUUGUGUCCCAAUUCGCUGAUAUGCAUCAAACCAACAGAGAUUUGUGAUGGUAAAAGGGAUUGUCCUGAUGGGUUUGAUGAAAAAUGUCUGACAAGGUGUCCCUCUGACUCUGAUUUCCUCUGCAAAGACCGUCGGAGUUGCAUCCCAAAUGGUCAAGUGUGUGAUGGUCGCUCUCAGUGCAAUGAUGGCUCAGAUGAGCGUAACUGUCAAAGUGCAGUGGCCACCAAAGCUCCAAGUAAAGUGCUGAAAUGUCGCUAUGGUUCACAGCCCUGUCAGGAUGGCCUGAGGUGUGUCCUCUUGAAUCAUGUUUGUGAUGGGGAAGAGGACUGUCUGGAUGGUUCUGAUGAAGAAGGAUGUGAUGAACAGAGUGGUACUGUCAAAAAUGAAACUCCUGCACCCACCAAAGAAGUUACUCUGCCUCCCAUCAUACCUCCAUGCACCAGCCCUUCAGUUCUGUGUCCAGAUACUACUUUAUGCAUCAAACCAACCCAGAUGUGUGAUGGAAAGAGGGACUGUCCUGAUGGGUCUGAUGAGAAAUGUGUCAAAAGAUGCUCAUCUGAUUCUGACUUCCGCUGCAAAGACCGUCGAAGCUGCAUCCCAAAGAGCCAAGUGUGUGAUGGGCGUUCUCAGUGUAACGAUGGCUCAGAUGAGCUUAACUGUCUAAGCACGGUGCCCACUGCUGCUCCAAACAAGGUCCUGAAAUGCCGUUAUGGAUCCAAACCCUGUCAAGAUGGUCAGAGGUGCAUUUUCCUGGAGCAUUUUUGUGAUGGAGAGAAGGACUGUCAGGAUGGAUCAGAUGAAGAAGGAUGUGAUGAUGCAGAGUCUGAUAUGGAAAAUGAGCUCUUAAGUAAAUCUCCUGUGCAUACUACAGUAAUGCCCCGUCCCACCAAGCCUCCAUGCACCAGCCCUUCAGUGCUGUGUCCAGGCUCAUCUGUAUGCAUCCCACCAACAAAGAUGUGUGAUGGAAAGCGGGACUGUCCUGAUGGCUAUGAUGAGAAAUGCAUUGAGCAAUGUCCUUCUAAAAGUGAUUUCCGUUGCAGAGACCGUCGGCGCUGCAUCCCGCAGAGCCAAGUGUGUGAUGGACGUUCGCAGUGCAACGAUGGCUCGGAUGAAGUCAACUGUCAAAACACAGUGAUCCCUGAAGCUCCUGCUAAAGUCUUGAAAUGCCGCUUUGGGUCCAAAAUGUGUAGAGAUGGAACAUCAUGUUUUCUCCUGAGUCAUAUUUGUGAUGGGGAAUCAGACUGUCAGGAUGGAUCAGAUGAAGAAGAAUGUGAGGUUGUACCUAGUGCUUCCCCAGACAAUGGGAGCUUGAAUCAGUCUCCCACUGAGACCCCAUGCACCAGCCCUUCAGUUCUGUGCCCAGAUACUACUUUAUGCAUCAAACCAACCCAGAUGUGUGAUGGAAUAAGAGACUGUCCUGAUGGAUUUGAUGAGAAAUGUUUCAACACAUGUCCCUCUGCCUCUGACUUCCGAUGCAAUGACCGUCGGGGCUGCAUUCCUCAAAGCAAAGUCUGUGACGGACGUUCUCAGUGCAUUGAUGGCUCAGAUGAGGCCAACUGUCCAAAUGGAGAAAUGGCUCCUAAACCUCUAGCAAAAGUCCUAAAAUGUCGCUUUGGCUCAAGACCCUGUAAAGAUGGGUUGAGAUGUGUCCUACUGAAUCACAUUUGUGAUGGAGAGGAAGACUGCCAGGAUGGAUCAGAUGAAGCAGAUUGUGGGACCAAUUCCCCAAUUCCUGUGAAAAAUGAGUAUAUGAAUGAAUCUCCUGAACCCAUCAAACUUAGUCCACCUACCACUACUCCACCAUGCACCAGCCCUUCAGUUAUGUGUCCAGGCUCAUCAAUUUGCAUUAAGGCAUCACAGAUCUGUGAUGGAAGAAGAAAUUGUCCUGAUGGUUCUGAUGAAAAUUGUGUAGAAAGAUGUCCCUCCAGCUCGGAUUUCCGCUGCAAAGAUCGCCGAAGCUGUGUCCCUAAAAGUCAAGUUUGUGAUGGCCGCUCUCAGUGCAAUGAUGGCUCAGACGAAGUUAACUGUUGGGUAGUGGAGCCUCCAACUAAGACAAAUACCCUAAAAUGUAGCAUGGGAUCCAGAAUGUGUCACGAUGGAACUGAAUGUGUCCUCUUCAGCCACGUCUGUGAUGGGGAAAGAGACUGUACUGAUGGAUCAGAUGAGGAAGGCUGUGAUGCUGCAGAAAGUUCUAAUGAAUCGUCAUCCCCCAACAUACCCUUCUGCAGUUUUCCUUCAGUUUUGUGUCCUGAUUCCAAUGUAUGCAUUAACCCGUCUCAGUUAUGCGAUGGUAUUCGAGACUGCCCUGAUGGAUCUGAUGAGAACUGUGUGAAACAGUGUGCGGACAAGACGGACUUUCUCUGCAAGGAUCGCAGAAGCUGUGUCGCUAGGAGUUUGGUUUGUGAUGGACGCUCUCACUGCUAUGAUGGCUCAGAUGAGGCAGACUGUGCUACUGUAACUGCAGUGCCAUCGAAGCCAAAUAUCCUAAAAUGUCGCAUGGGCUCAAGGGCAUGUAAUGAUGGCAGUGAGUGUGUUUUAUUCAGCCAUAUCUGUGAUGGAGAGAUGGACUGUAUGGAUGGAUCUGAUGAAGAAGGAUGCAAAGAAACCUGCGAAGAAGGAGAGUUUCAGUGUGCCCAUGGGAAGAUGUGCAUCCCGGAGACUGAGGUCUGCGAUGGGAAGCCACAGUGUCGAGAUCACUCAGACGAAGUGGACUGCUGGCACCAGACCAAGGGCUGCGAACACCUUUGUGCUGAUGGCACACGAUGCAUCCCAAAGAAGUUUCUCUGUGAUGGAGAGCCAGACUGCCCAGAUGGAACAGAUGAACUGAACUGCGACCCUGAUCCAACAGAUUCCCCCUAUAUUGCAUCACCUUGCAUCACUCCUUCAGUGCUGUGCCCGGGCUCAUCUCUGUGCAUCUCUCCCUACCAACUGUGCGAUGGGCAAAGGGAUUGCCCUGAUGGAUUUGAUGAGCAGGGGUGCAUAGUUCAAUGUGAAAAUCCAGACGACUUCCUGUGCAGGGACCAGAGAAAGUGCAUCCCAAAGACUCAAGUGUGCGAUGGCCGUGCCCACUGUCCAGAUGGUUCAGAUGAGAAGCAGUGUCUAUCAGAAAUUACUCCCUCCUCCUCUCAUAAAGCACCAAACGCAAGACCAGAGCCUCUAAAGUGCCGUACAGGUUUCAAGCUGUGUAAAAAUGGCCUGCAGUGCAUCAUGUACAGCCAUGUUUGUGAUGGUGAGCAGGACUGCCUGGAUGGGUCUGAUGAGGAGGAAUGUGAAAAGCGAUGCAAGCCAGGGCAGUUCCAGUGUUCCCAUGGCAGUAAAUGUAUCCAACAAGAACAGGUAUGUGACGGACAGAAUGACUGUCAGGACCGUUCAGAUGAAAUCGACUGUUCAAAACCGAGUGAGAGCUGCGAACACCUCUGUGACAAUAAGACCCGCUGCGUUCCAACUACCUUCCUUUGUGAUGGAGAAAAAGACUGUGCUGAUGGUUCAGAUGAAGACAAAUGUGGUUUGUCAGUCUGUGCAUCUGGCCAGCAUCGCUGUGAGAGCGGGCAGUGUAUUUCUGAGGCUUUUAAAUGUGAUGGUUAUCCUGACUGCCGUGACCAUUCAGAUGAGGUGGGCUGUGUUAAAGCCCCUCGUUGCCCUGCGCAGCUUCGGUGCCCACAUAGCCAUGAAUGCCUGCAGAAAGAGUGGCUAUGCGAUGGAGAAGACGACUGUAAAGAUGGCUCGGAUGAGAAGAACUGCAACAACCCUCCAAUGAAAUGCAGGAAGUACCAGUUUCAGUGUGAAGAUGGCGAUCUGUGUAUUCCUCAGUCCUGGAGGUGUGAUGGGAAGGAAGACUGCAACAAUGGAAUGGAUGAAGAUAAAUGUACCCAAAGGAAAUGCCCUUAUCACCUUUACCAGUGUGGCAGCAAAGAGUGUCUUGACACCAGGCUUGUAUGUAAUGGCAUCACCAACUGUGCUGAUGGCUCAGAUGAGGGCAGAGGAUGUGCUCAAAAAAACUGCUCUAGUCCUUCAGCUCCUAGCUGUGAUCACAGCUGUGUCAGCACCCCUAAUGGAGCGAGAUGUUACUGCGGUGCAGGUUUUAGGCUGCAGUCCAGCUCCAGGUCCUGUGUGGAUGUAGAUGAGUGCACUUCAACACCAGCUACUUCUUGUAAACACAUCUGCCAGAAUACCUGGGGAUCCUACAACUGUGUAUGCCACCCUGGCUUCUACCUUGAGCCAGAUAAGAAAAGCUGCAAGACGAAAGAUGAGCCUCUGCUUUUGGCAUCAGUGCAGUCUGAGAUGUUGAUCCUUGGAGUCCAGAGCGGUGAGCUGCAGCUUCUCUCCUCUGCCGUUCGGCCAGUCUUCACUCUGGAUUACCACUGGGCACAGCAGAAAGUCUACUGGCUGAGCCCCGAUCAUCAGAGCAUCCGCUGGGCUGACAUGAAAACUAAAAACAAAGGGACUUUGACCAAAGGAGUGACGUCUGACUCGAUUGCAGUGGACUGGGUUGGUAAGAAUCUGUACUGGAUAGACGGACUGGUUGGGCAGAUUUUGGCAAUGAAUCUCAGCAGCUCCACAGUGAAAUCACAGGACUAUACUGUAGUUCUUGGUGAAAACCUGGAGCAGCCAAGCUCACUAGUCCUGAUACCAGACAGGGGGUUGAUGCUGUGGUCUGAGAUUGGCAGCAUCCCUCAGAUCGAGAGUUCUGGGAUGGAUGGUUCACAAAGGAAAGUGCUGGUGAGCCAGGACUUGAGCUGGCCAGUCAGUCUGGCCUAUGACUUCCUGGACAGCAGGGUUUACUGGGCUGAUGAGAAGCUGCGCUGCAUAGGUUCAGCCUCGCUGGAGGGAGAAGACAUAAAGAUCCUGCAGUUAACUGAGACUCCGAGCCCUUUUUCUGUGGUGGUUUUCAAUGACCGUGUGUUCUGGUCUGAUACCAAGAGAAGAACAGUUCGUUCAGCUGACAAGAAGACUGGCAAGGAUCAAAGGGUUCUUCUUAAGAGACCUGGGCAGCCAUUUGGACUGAAACUUAUGCAUGCCCUCUCCCAGCCAGCUGUUUCAAGCCCCUGUGAUCGGCUCCGCUGCUCCAGUCUCUGCCUUUUGACUCCCUCAGUAGGAAAAUCCAGCAGUAGAACAGCUGUAAAUGCUGCAGUUUGUCGCUGUCCGAAGGGGCUGCUGCUUUCUCAGGACGGAAUCACUUGCACUCUACCAAAAGAGUCAUCUUUUGUCCUGCUUCUGUCCCGUAACAAAAUGUUUCAGAUAUAUCUGCGCUCUAUGAGACGUGAUGGAAUCGCUCUUAAAAAAAUGCCGAAUGGAAGAGAUUUUAAUCUCCCAGGACCAGCCGAGGCCCUGAAUCUGGACGUUUCCAUCCCAGAUCUGUCAGUGUUUGUUUCUUAUUUAAGACAUGGAUCUGUGGACGUGCUAAAAUUCAGCAAUUCAAAGUCAAAACCAGAGCUGUUACUUGCUGGGCAAAUCCUAAAGUUACAGGAUGAUUCAAUAACUGCUUUGGCAGUUGACUGGGUGACUUCCAACCUUUACUGGAGCAGCCUGGAGAGACCAGAUAUACACGUGACUUCACGUCUUGAUGACCACACCACCUCUCUCCAGCAAGGACCUCUAAUUGGAGUUUCCUCCAUCACCGUCCAUCCUUCCUCAGGCAGGCUCUGCUAUUCUGCUAUAGUAAUAAUGGGGUCAAAGAGCCAGACUGAGAUCCAUUGUGCAUGGAUGGACGGCCGUUACAAAGUAGUGCUGUGGAGGAAGUCGAGCAUCCCCAUCUCAAUGACCUUUGCCAAUGAUGGAACCAGAAUCUAUUGGGGGGACACAGGUGAAGGAGUAAUAGGAUCUAUUGGAGUGGAUGGAUCGAACUACAAGGAAUACAAAACGGGGCCCCAGCUGCUCGUGUCUUUUACACGUAUUGAGACCCUUUUCGUUUGGGUCACUCAGAACAAAGAUGUCAGUAAAUUGUGGUUCAGUGAUGGACUUCAGCCUAAACAGUUGUGGUUUGAGUCAAAGACCAGGAUAACGGAAAUCCGAUCUUACAAUAAUGAAACCCAGGCUGGAAACAACCUUUGCUCAAAUGGGAACGGUGGAUGUGUCCACCUCUGCCUGCCCUAUCCAGGAGGACGGACUUGUAAGUGUGCACGGGGCUUCUAUGUUGUCAACGACACUUCCUGCGUCCCUCUUCCUUCCUGCCCCAAUGGAAAGGAAUCCUGCCUUGAUGGCAGCAAAUGCAUUAAGAGCAACAAGUUCUGUGAUGGGAGCAUUGAUUGUCCAGACCAGUCUGAUGAACGGAACUGUCCAGGUUCUGACUUGGCCUCAUCAGGGACCAAAGGUGGUGGUGGCCAAUCUCUGCAGUCUUCCUCUCACCAACCCGACACGCAGAAGAACUCUGUUCUGCCUAAUAAAGACUUGGCAUCGUGUGAUCUCCAGCGCUGCAAUGGCCAUGGCAGCUGCAUCACAAAGGGGGAAGCCACUCGCUGCCAUUGUCUGCCGGGUUAUAAGGGAGAAUUCUGUCAGGAUACAAAAAGAGAGAGCCACCCGGCAGUCAUUCUGGUGUCCUUCUGUCUGGUCUCUGCGGUAGUAUUUGGUGCAUUUGUCUUCACCAAAAGGAGAGGAUGGGAGUACUUCAGAAGCAGAUCUUCAGAUAAAGAGAAGCUAAUGGCCAACAUGGCUCUUUCUGGCGAACAAGAAUCUGACUCAGAGGAGUUGGAGUCCUCUGUUGAUGUGACAAACCCCCUACAAACAUUUAAGUGAAACUGCAAUUGAAACAACUAUUGAUUUGUUAUGAAAUAUUUAUUCAAUAAAUGUCUUAUCAAAGCAAA